CCCCGUCGGGCGCCGUCGCCUCCUCAGCCCGGCGGUGUCCGGGAGCGGCCCGGGCUCGGCAGCACCGCGCUCCCCAUGUCGGCGCCGCUGAAGAAGGGCCCGGGCGGCCUGAUCGGGCUCAUGAAGGACGCCUUCCAGCCGCACCACCACCACCUCGGCCCGCACCAGCCCGGCGCCGUGGACAAGAAGACCGUGGAGAAGUCCUGGAAGCUCAUGGACAAGGUGGUGCGUCUGUGUCAGAACCCAAAGUUGGCAUUGAAGAACAGCCCGCCCUACAUAUUAGAUCUGCUGCCUGAUACGUACCAGCAUCUCCGAACCAUCCUGUCACGCUACGAGGGGAAGAUGGAGACCCUGGGAGAAAACGAGUACUUCAGGGUGUUCAUGGAGAACUUGAUGAAGAAGACCAAACAGACCAUCAGCCUCUUUAAGGAAGGGAAAGAAAGGAUGUACGAGGAGAAUUCUCAGCCUAGGCGCAACCUGACAAAGCUGUCCCUGAUCUUCAGUCAUAUGCUGGCAGAACUGAAAGGCAUUUUCCCAAACGGCCUCUUCCAGGGAGACACGUUUCGGAUCACGAAGGCAGAUGCUGCCGAAUUCUGGAGAAAGGCUUUUGGGGAAAAGACUAUCGUUCCAUGGAAGAGCUUCCGCCAGGCCUUGCAUGAAGUACAUCCCAUCAGUUCCGGGUUGGAGGCCAUGGCCCUGAAGUCAACCAUCGACCUGACCUGCAACGACUACAUUUCAGUAUUCGAAUUUGAUAUUUUUACGCGACUCUUUCAGCCAUGGUCCUCUUUGCUCAGGAACUGGAACAGCCUAGCAGUGACUCAUCCUGGCUAUAUGGCGUUCUUAACAUAUGACGAGGUGAAAGCAAGGCUUCAGAAAUUCAUUCACAAGCCUGGCAGUUACAUUUUCCGAUUGAGCUGUACCCGCCUUGGUCAGUGGGCCAUCGGCUAUGUCACCGCAGAUGGGAACAUCCUGCAGACUAUCCCCCACAACAAACCUCUCUUUCAAGCACUGAUCGAUGGCUUCAGGGAAGGCUUUUAUCUGUUCCCUGACGGUCGGAAUCAGAACCCUGACCUGACUGGUCUGUGUGAGCCCACGCCUCAGGACCACAUCAAAGUUACACAGGAACAAUAUGAAUUGUACUGUGAGAUGGGCUCCACGUUCCAGCUGUGUAAAAUUUGUGCGGAAAAUGACAAGGAUGUGAAGAUUGAGCCAUGUGGCCAUCUGAUGUGCACUUCGUGUCUCACUUCGUGGCAGGAAUCGGAAGGUCAGGGCUGUCCGUUCUGCCGUUGUGAAAUCAAAGGCACGGAGCCCAUCGUAGUCGACCCGUUCGAUCCUAGAGGAGGAGGAGGGCUGUUGCGGCAAGGUGCAGAAGGAACUCCUUCACCCAAUUAUGACGAUGAUGAUGAUGACAGAGCUGAUGAUUCCCUCUUCAUAAUGAAAGAAUUGGCUGGAGCAAAGGUGGAGCGCCCUCCCUCUCCAUUCUCGAUGACUCCACAGGCCUCACUGCCCCCGGUGCCCCCAAGGCUAGACCUUCUGCAGCAACGAGUAUCUAACCCCUCUGGGGCUUCCAGCCCAGGAACCACGUCUAAGGUUGUUCCCAGUUCUCUUCACAAGGAUAAACCUUUGCCGAUACCUCCGACACUGAGAGAUCUCCCACCUCCGCCUCCUCCAGACAGGCCACAUUCCACUGGGGCGGAGAGCCGACCUCAGAGACGCCCUUUACCCUGUACGCCAGGAGAUUGUCCGGUCAGAGACAAAUUACCACCAGUGCCCUCCAACCGUCAAGGGGAGCCCUGGGCAUCACGGCCCGUUCCAAAAGCACCUCCCGUAGCUCUCAGCCCUAAUGACCCGUGGGCUGGUAGAGAACUGACAAACCGCCAUUCACUCCCAUUCUCCUUGCCCUCUCUGAUGGACUCUAGACCUGACGUACAUAGGCAUAGCAGUACACUCAGCCUGGAUACUACGACGAACUUGAACAGCGGACCUCCAGCAAACUCAGAGUGUGAGCACCCCAAGAUAAAACCUUCUUCAUCUGCCAAUGCCAUCUACACUCUAGCUGCCAGACCACUGCCUGUACCAAAACUGCCGCCGGGGGAACAGUCUGAAAGUGAUGAAGACACUGAAUACAUGUCGCCGUCCUCUCUGCCUGUGGUGCCGCCAGGUCCAGCUGGACAAAAACCAGAGCUCAAGCUGCCUUUGGAAAUGACCCAGAGUUUACGAGUGUUGGAGUGUGACCGGCAAGCUGAUGGCUGCACGUAUGAAGCGAUGUACAACAUUCAGUCGCAGGCAGCAUCCUCUAGCUUAGAGAUCACAAACAUUUUUGAUGAGAGGGAUCUGGCUGCAGCUGCUGCCAGUAACGGCCCCGAGGAGUCUGAAAAUGAAGAAGAUGGCUACGACAUCCCUAAGCCGCCUUUGCCCAUCGCCCUUGCACGUCGCACACUGUCCGACAUCUCCAAUGCCACGUCUGCCUUCAGCCGGAUGUCUCUGGAUGGGGAUCCUACAACAGGUUUCUCUGAUGGCACUCAGGUUCCAGAGCGGCCACCGAAGCCUUUGCCGCGGAGGAUAAACUCCGAACGAAAGGCCAGCAGCUGCCAGCCGGGGCCUAGCACCCCCCCUCAGCUCUCCAGUGAGAUCGAGAACCUUAUGAGCCAAGGAUACUCAUAUCAGGACAUUCAGAAAGCACUGGUCAUCGCACAUAACAAUAUCGAAAUGGCCAAGAAUAUUCUCCGGGAGUUUGUCUCCAUUUCCUCCCCUGCACACGUGGCCACAUAGCACAUCCCCUCCAUGCCUACAGCUUGUGUGGACCAACUGCCUGGGCAGCCUGUAGCCCAGCUGCGCUCACAAGGGGGAAGGGGGUUCCUUUACGGGCUUCCUGCUGGACUCAGCCUUGCCUCUGGAGCGAAUCAGUUAACAGGUUUAUGUGGUUCCAGAUUUCAAAGCAAUGGAGUGAAACGGAGCAGAUUGGUGUUUUAUACAGUGUGUGUCUUGGCAUCCUUUUUGGAGUCCUUCCCCUGCCUCUUGUGCGAGAGUACAGAUUUGUUUCCCAGGGCGCUGGUAGACGAAGGGGUCACGACAGGUGAUUCUGGAGCCGGUGCCUGGGGGCAGGGCAGUGCUUUGUGCUGUGAAUUCUAGCGGAGUGCUCUGAAAGCAUCUCCGGGUUGCUGUGGUGUGUCCUGUGGCUCAUGGUACUAGAUUUGGAUCUGUUCACUGCUGUGUGUUUGGCUCAGGCUUUCUAGAGCAGUCGGUAGGUGGCCUUCUGCUGGGAAUAAAUAGGAGAGCUUGGAAGAAACCUCUGCAUUUCUUCCAUUUACUGCGGCGUUCCCCCCCAGGCCCAGAACGGUGUUUAUUGCUCACAAUAGAAAUCCUCUUUAACCUGGAUACUGUGCGACUAGCUGCAGCCAGGCAUCUUUAGCUGCUUAGCGCUGGGAGCUGAACUUCUCCCGGUCUCUCUCUCCUGCUGCUGGCAGGGGCUGGCUGCACCAGAUUCCAGGGAGUCGGAUCCGUUGAACUUUGUGUGCAUGUUUCUCGGGGCUGGGGAGGGGCAGCACACUGCCUGCUGCUUAUCCUUUUAACCCCGAGCAUUUCUGCAGAAACACUUAGACUUGAUCGCAGCUGGGCUGGACUCACACAGCCCCCCUGGGUUGCUCCCGCACACCCUCGCGUAUAGGAACGUCGCAUCUGGUAAACAGUGUUUUAUUGCUCUUAACUGCAUGGCAGCUGUAGCAGACCAGUGCUCUUCACACACAUUCCAUCCUCUCCUUCGAGAGCUUCUGUGCAAGCCCGACAUCCGUGUGCCUGGGUGUUCGUGGGCUUGGCACUUGUGUUCUUCAGCACCUUCUCCGCUUUGCAGUACAAACGCGAUGGUUCUCUGCACGUCUGUCUGUCCCCCACAGCAUAGGGGACCUCUCUCUUUGCUACACCAAGGCGUUGCCCGAGCUUGUCAGGCAGAUGAUGCAGGGAAAUAGGGCAUUUACGCAAGAAUCAAAUGGGACUUUAAAUGUCAGCGUUGAACUAUCGCUUGUGGACAAACCUGACUUGCUUCUUAUCCAGCUUAAUCCCUUUCACAUCAUGUGUUUCUGAUGUACAGUAAGUAAUUGGUCCCUUCAGAGACGUGGAGGAUUCAGCCCUGCUAAGCUGACAAAUGAACAUAUUGCAGCCUGGGGUCAGCGGACAUGAGCCUUUCAGGUCUUGCCUUGCAUCGGUUGGUUCUCUGUGGUGUCCUGCGCCGGAGUAGCAGUUGCCACAAAGUGAAAUACUGUGGUUUGAAGUAACCUGAGGAUGAUGCGAGGCUGCUUUGUGCAGUUCAGCCAUUUUGCAGACUCGGUUACCCGGUUCCUCAUCUCAGAUCAGAGCCCAAGCCUGAUCCAGAGAGAAUUCAGAGCAUGAGCAAAUGGUCCAGAGGAGGACAUGGCACUAGGUUCUCACUUGAUGUGGAACAAGUUUCUUUCCAAACCUACAGCCUGGUUGUUGUUGCUGCCGCGUGGGAUCCAGGUAGUAUGACCCAGCUUCCACACGCCUCACGCAUAGUCAGGGGUAGACUCGAGCCCUGCUAAAGGAGAGGGGUGGUUGAAGUGAAUGCCCCCAUGCUCCAUGAAGCAAGCUCUUUCUCCUGCUCCUGCAGCCGGGCUUGUGACAGUGGCCAAGUUCUGCCAGCGUGGCAUGGCGUGCUGGGACUCCAGUCCAUUGCCAGCCCUGGUCAGCACAUCUUCCAGAGCCUUGCGAGAGAAGCCGGCACAAGGGCAGGUCUGCCUGCUCUCUCAGUAUAUCCGCAGGAUGCAGUAGCAGUUGUGACCCUGACCCAGCAGUUCCUCACUUCUGAGAAUCGGUUCCUGCUCUGUGCUUUUCCAGAGCGUGCUGGAGGCCCCACUGCUAGCAAUCGCCCCUCUUUAACACCCCCUCUUUUGCAUCUUGUCCCUCAGGAGGGCCACCCGCAUGAUCCGGGGACUGCAGGGCAGACCCUACAACGAGAGGUUAUGGGACCUGAACCUGUUCAGCCUUCACAAGAGAAGGCUGAGGGGGGACCUGGUGACCGUCUAUAAACUCACUAGGGGGGACCAGAAAGGUUUGGGGGAGACUUUGUUUCCCCUAGCACCCCUCCGGGAUAACAAGGAAUAACGGCCACAAGUUGUUGGAGAGUAGGUUUAGAUCAGACAUCCAUAAGAACUACUUCACAGUCAGGGCGGCUAGGAUCUGGAACCAGCUUCCAAGGGAAGUGGUGCUGGCUCCUACCCUGGGGGGCUUUGAGAAGUAGCUCGAUGCCUACCUGGCUGGGGUCAUUUGAGCCCAGUUUUCUUCCUGCCCAGGCAGGGGGUCGGAGCUGAAGAUCUGCAAGGUCCCUUCCGAACCGACUUCUAUGAUUCUGUGAUUCUUUCUUGAAGGCUGCAGCUAGCUGUGGGUUGCUUUGGGAGCCAGGGUGCUUCUCAUCUUCUCUGCACGGUGUGCAGGGCAGCAGGGCUGGAUUUCCCCCAGGGUGUUGGGGCUGCUGCCAUGGGAAUUCAAUAAGGAGCUUCAGUCAUUGUCCCGCUGCAGAGCGGGUGCUCCGGGCAACCACUUCCUGUUCUUUCCUGCCAGCCCUUUUUCCCAGGCUCCUCCGGUUGCCAGUUACGUACCCAUACUUUUCAGGGUUCAGACACGGAGGCUCACAGCCUGCGGGAGUCAUUCCAAGUGGUGAAGAGCGCAGUUUUGUGGCAUGUGUCUCUCCGACUUCCCUUCCCUGCAUGUGCCCUUCCUCGUCCACUGGGCUGCAUCUUAAGCUGAUUUGGGAGAGACAAGUGGCUUUUCCACCUUGAAGAUGUGAAUGUCUGUUACUGUCAGCACGUGUAGCUUGGCCACAGCAGGGCACCCCAAGGUCAUGUGCUGUGGAUGAACUGAGCCCUUCGCAGUGUUCCCCUUGCUGCUUUCCUUGGGGUGGCUGAUGAUCCCCCCUCUCCCCCUCAGUGUCUUUAUUCAAAAAGGUUAACUUGAUUUCACUUCUUACAGAAAAAAAAGCCAAAUGUCUCGUGCCUUUCUGAAGGGGGAUGCUGCAUCUCUAGGCUGGCUCUGUGUACUCCCUGGACUAGCCGUGCAGCUGCCUGGCUGCUGGGCUGCUUUGGAAGUGAGCAGGAGAGAGAGAGGGGGCAGUUGUCACUUCAAGGAUGACGCUGUGUUUUGUAGCAUUUCAACUGUGGAGGUUUUCCUACCUUAUCUCUGUUACUAACAGUGACUUGUCUGGACUGGUGCUGUAACACGCUCGCUGUGACGACAGUAGAAUUGUAACAGGAUUCUUCGUGCUUUUAACAAAACCAAGCAGAGUUCUGGUCAUAAAAAUGCUGUUUGUCCCCCACCUCCCACCCCAGGACGCGAAGGAGGCAAAACACCCAGUACAGGCGGAGAAGGGCGCUACAGGCCUGGGCCCCGGGGGUUUCUCUGAGACUUGCCAGGCAGCUGCGUGAACUGGCAGUCCCUGCCCCUUCCAGCCACCUGGGUGCAUUCAUCACCACUCCCACCACCUGGCAGACCAGAACCAGAACGAGACCCUGGAGGCUGGAGGUAGCUGUUCCCUCUGCGGGCGUGUCGGCCUGCUGACCUGCUCUUGUCUUGUUCCUCUGCCGUGCCACAGAUCUAAGCAUUACGCAUCCCGGGCUUCUCUGCUGGCUUUGGUGAGCUUGCUUCUUUAUAGACACAGCUUUCUCUGCCGGUCCCUAGCUGCAGCCUCCACUCCAGGGGUGCUGCAGAGGUGUGGGGAACAGCUGGCUUUCUGGAGUAGGCCUGUCCGGUGGUUGGAGCUAAGCUGGGGGUGGAGUCGUUCCUGCACACGUGCGUUCAGCUGGGUCAGGGAAAUGUAGUUCCCGUGGCGUUUCUUCCUCAGUGGGCCCCAGUGGCAAAUUGGAAGGGGAAUUAAGGAAACUUAUUUUUAAACUUCCUAAUAUAAACCCACUGGGGAGACUGUGGUGGGGGAGGAACAGUAGCUUUAUUUCUCUUGAAUGACGAAAACCAAUUUGUAUGAUAUCAGUGUUAAAAUGUUGAGAUUUUCACAAACUAUUUUAAAAAAAGCAAAGUAUAAUAGUGUCAUUAAUAUAAAAGAAUUAUAUUAGCAGUAUUUAAUCCUUGCAAACCUGUAAAGAAUAAGGAAAACAGAAGGUAAAUAUUCUUACAGAGAGUAGCUGAGCUUUAAGAUUCAUUUGGGUUAAAGUCUUCAUUUUGGUUUUUUUGUUUGUUUGGUUGGUUUUUUGGUUUUUUGUUUUUUUUUGCAAAGGCUUUGUUAAUGUUUAGAGGUUAUACUAAUGUUAUUUAUUAAUUUGUGUCAUUCCCAUACGCAGCCACUAAGGACCUCUUUUGUUUCCGAUUCAUGCAUCUGUGUCGGUCAGAAAACCAAGACAAAGUUUUAUUUUUCAAUAAAUUUCCUUUGUUGUAGCAGA